CCUCCAGUGCAGUGUGUAUGUGUGUGUGUAUGUGUGUGUGUGUGGCGUACUGGAGCUGCGCUUCCCAUCCGCUACCUUUGUCUCUCUCACAGAGCUUCACUUUAGCAGGGCGCGGGGUUUAAGUUGCUGAGACGGAGGGGAACCGCUUUGAAGAAGUGGAUCUGGACGGGUUUAAUACACCCUCCCUCUCUAGAACUACUACAAAGGGAGUGAACGGAGAGAGUUGCGCUGCGUAAACCGACACCGACCAUCGCGCCGCUCGCUCGCUCCCCUAGACGUCAAGAAAGCAAGCAUGCGGGAAAACACAAGGAGCUGAGUCUUUCUUUGGGAAAUGUGGAUUUUGUUGGGCUCGUUUUGAAAUGCUGGUUCUCUGAGACCAAGCGCUGGGUGCGUUUUCGUGCGUUUUUGGACGCGCUGACAGUCCGUGAGCGUUACGCACUGACUCGCCAGAGGAGCCGUUGUGCGCAUCUGGAGCCUCCACACCUCGUCGUCCAAUCAGAACCCUCGCUUCAGAAUCUGAACCUGCAUUCCGUGGAGCAGAAUAAAAGAAGUGGGAGCGGAGAAAUGGGGUGUGCGAAAGUUCUUCUCGUGAUGUUCGUGAUCGGGUUUGAAAAGGGGAUUUGCGUCAACUGGAACCCCGUCCCACGCAAGACAGUUAAAUAUAAUGAUGUGCACGACAGUAUGGCGAGGUUUCGCGCUGUUGGGGUGUGGAACUACACCAUGUUGACCCUGGCAGAACAUGAGAGGGUUUUAUACGUGGGCGCCAGAGAGCACAUCUUCGCCCUGGAUCCCAAUGACAUCAGCAGACAACUCCGACCACAGAUUGAGUGGUCGGCUCCUGUGGAAAAGAAAAGAGAGUGUGCAGCGAAGGGGAAGAAUAACCAGACUGAGUGCUUCAACUACAUUCGUUUCCUGCAGAGCUACAAUCACACACACCUGUACACAUGCGGGACAUACGCCUUCCAGCCCAAAUGCACCUAUAUUAAUGCAGAUCAUUUCACUCUGGAUAGCGCCGCCCCGGAGGAUGGUAAGGGAAAGUGCCCCUACGACCCCGCCAAGGGUCAUACAGGCCUCAUUGUGGACAAAGAGUUGUACUCCGCCACCCUCAAUAACUUCCUGGGCACAGAGCCCGUAAUCCUGAGGAACCUGGGACAACAACAUUACAGCAUGAAGAGUGAAUACCUACCGGCUUGGCUCAACGAGCCAAACUUUGUGGGUUCGGCGCUGGUCCGGGAGAGCCGUAACAGUAAAGAUGGAGACGACGAUAAGAUCUACUUCUUCUUCAGCGAGAGAGCGUUGGAGCUGGACUGCGACAGCGAUCUGACCGUGGCACGGGUGGCGCGUGUGUGUAAGGGAGACCUGGGUGGCACACGGACCCUGCAGAAGAAGUGGACGACCUUCCAGAAGGCCCGGCUGAUGUGUUCUUUCCCCGAGCGCCACAUCACCUUUAAUAACCUGCGGGCCGUCUUCACCCUGCCUGGGGCGGACUGGAGGAGCACUAGUUUCUAUGGCAUCUUCCAUGCGCAGUGGGGGGAUGUGGAUGUGUCUGCUGUGUGUCAGUACCAGAUCGGAGAGGUGAAAAAUGUGUUCGACGGGCCGUAUAAAGAGUACAGGGAGUCGUCUCAGCGAUGGGUCCGAUACACCAGCACUGUGCCCAGUCCUCGACCUGGAGCGUGCAUCACAAACUUUGAUAGGGAAAACGGCUACAACAGUUCUCUUCAGCUGCCUGACGCUACGCUAAACUUUGCCAAGAAGCAUCCGCUAAUGGAGCUCAGGGCGGAAGCUCGCCCCCUGCUGCUUACUAAAGGGAUCAACUUCACCCGAAUAGCUGUGGACAGAGUGAGCUCACUGGACCAGAGAUCCUACAACAUGCUCUUCAUAGGCACAGCGGAUGGAUGGCUCCAGCGUGUCGUGAUUUUGGGUUCAGAGGCCCAUGUGAUAGAAGAGAUCCAGCUGUUUGAUCGGCAGCAACCGGUGGACAGCCUCACCAUCUCGCACAGCAAAAAGUAUUUGUACAUUGGCUCACGCUCUGAGGUUCUUCAGCUGCCCUUGGCAAACUGCAGCCGGUACCAUUCACAGCCAGACUGCCUGCUGUCCAGAGACCCGUACUGUGCCUGGGACAGCGAGGGACGCGCUUGUGUCCGCAUCGACCUCCACCGCGGCUCCACAUCCACACUCUCGCAGGACCUCAUGCUGGAGAGGUUCAACCGAGGAAAAGCCAAGUUUGAUAAGCCUUUCUCCAUCCCCAGCCCUGAUCAUUCUAGGUUGAGAAAUGUGACUGUGGUCGUUGGGUCGGAUCUGGUAUUGCCCUGCAAUCUGGUUUCCAACUUGGCCCAGCCCUUCUGGGAGCUCAACGAACGUGAGCUGGCCCUCGUGGAAGGUGAGGCCAUUGGGCCGCGAUUCGACAGAGCCCUCCGCUCCCUCGUUAUCCCCCAAGCCGGGUCCCUUCAAGCGGGCCGCUACAUCUGCUACUCGGAGGAGCAAGGCGUGAAGUUCCAGACGGAGAGAUACCAGGUCGCAGUGGUGGCCAGCGCGCCCGUCUUCAUGGAGGCCCGCGCUCCUGACGGCAGCAUGGGUUUAUUCUGGGUGCUGGUGAUCACAUUGGGUGCCGCUUGUCUGUUGCUGCUAAUCGCGUCUUUGUACCUUCGUAGAAGACUGAAGUUGGCACUGGGAAAAGGGGCGGAAAUGAAGCCGCUGGAGAGCACUUUAGUGUACCCCAUUACUUUACCCAAAGAGCCUCCCAGCCGGCCAUCAUUCGUGCCGAGCAAGAUGGCGAACGAUGACGAUCGCUUCUGGGAAACGGGAGCUAAUUACUACUACUCGGACGGCUCCCUUAAAAUUGUCCCAGGGCAUGCAAUGUGCUCCACCGGCAGCACGGCAUCUCCGAGUGCUAUUCCCGGUCAGCCCAUCCACUCGCCGAGCAGGUUGAGCCUCACCAACAUCCGAAACUCAGGCACCAAUGGAUACAUCCGCCUGAAUCUGAGCACGGCCGGAGAGGAGAGAGCGAGCACGGGAUCGGGAAUGGGCAUGGGAAGCGGACUCGGACUGGGCAGCCGAGAGAACGACUACACCAGCCCAUUCAAAGAGGAGCUCCGGAGAACUCUGCAGCAGAGGAGCGUGCUUCCCGAUGCCAAUCCCGAGGAGUCUUCUGUGUAGACCUCACAGGAACCACAGAAAACCUCACCUACCUCCCUCCUGCUUGGGGAACUCUCUUCAUCUUACUCGCAACCUAUUUCUUCUCUGUCAAUCUCCCGUGCCAUAAGGCCACCGACAUUCCCUUGGAUUAUUCUGGUUCUCAUACGUAACUAACACUCAACCGAGACUGAACACAUCUCGCAAAGCUUUUUGUAAAUGUCUAUAUUUAAUGGACCAGACCGACAGGGCCUCGUGUUGAUCUUGGCUAACAGGCGAACACAGGUACAUCUCUGAGAGGAACCCAACCAGCCAAAUGUAGCCGUCAGUCUGAUCUGCAUUGGGCAGAUGUCUGGCAACCUAAUCAUUUGGCAAGAUGGAGGAUACAGAGCUUAUUUUUGACGUCCAGAGGUUGCUUGCCCCCGUGUUUUUUGCACCCUUUUUAUGGGUAGAACACAUGAGAGAGGAGGCGAAAAGGACAUGCAUAAACUUAAAGCGCAAGAUGACAAUCACGCUCUUCUCUCAAGAGUAAAGCAGAGGAGAAAUUGUUUAGGGGAAAAAA